UGAUAUACCUAGUACAUUUCUAUUCUAUAGAAAUGUCAAACAGUUUCUUAUCUGUGAUAAUAUAACCCGUCAAAAAUUGUUUAUUUUUGUAGAUUCUGAAGAUGAAAAGUUAAAUUAUAAUACCUAUUAUGUUAUGUACCAUAAAAUAAAGUAUAUAAAUAUUUAAUUUUAGAACAUUCUUUUUCACAUAUACAAGAUGCAGUUUAAGAGGAUUUCUUUGCAUAUUGCCAAGCAAGCAAUCGAAAGCCAAUACCGGUGCAUAAAUAAACACAAUAACGGCUUUAUUCAUAAUUUAGAAAUACCAUUUGUAAAUUUAUACCAAAAAGUCACAGGCCAACAUUUAUCUCCAAAAAAUCUGGAGCAACUAAGGAAAAAGGAACCAAAUUUAACAAAUUUCACUACAGAAAAAUUGUAUCUUACAUUAGAUAUACUCAAAAAGUUUGGAAUCUCUGCUGAAGAAGCAUGCUGCAAUCCACACUUAUUUUGUAUGAAUGCUAUAUCUAUGGAUAAUUAUGGAGAAAUUUUCAAAGAAUGUGGUUUUACCAAAAUAGUACCGAAACAUUUAAUCAGAUAUAAUACAAUAGUCAAAUCAAGGACAAUAGCCUAUUUGAAAAAAGAAGGUCUGCUCAAUAAUGAGUCUAAUUUAGAAGAGGUUUUACUUGCUAAGUUUCAAGAAUGGCCUGAGCAACAGAAAUCCCUGAAAAAAUUUUGCGAUGCAAAUACAAGUAUUUUGACUAUACGGACCAGUGUUUUAGAGAGAUAUCUUGAAUGGAGACUUCACAUUAACAAUGAAGAUUUUGCAAAAUACUGUAAGAAUUAUUUACCUUUGAGACAUAGGCCCAUGUCUGAUAUACGUCAAGCCAUAGAUAUAGCUGAAAAUAUCAUCAAAUUUGAAUUAAAAGUUAUAAAAAGAAACGGUUUUAUAAUAUCCUCUGAUCCAGUCAAUACAAAUCUCAUUUUAGAAAAUGUUGAUUCAUUGGGUGGUAUUGAAAUUAAAGAAGCAAUAAGACUCGAACCUGCUAUAUUAAAAAAUAACUACAACUCACUAUUGGAAAUUAAGGAAUUGUUAAAGCAAUAUGAUAUAGCGGAAGAAGCGCAAAGACGAUGUUUGAGGGUGUUCUGUAUGAAUCCUGAUUCAGUGAGAGAUCGUCUCAAUGAGCUUGUCAAUAUGAAGGAGUAUAAAGUACUAGCAACAAACCCAAGAGUUUAA